AUGAAACUUCUCGUAACGGAACGCAAAGUACUCCGCAAAAUACUGGGCCCGAUCCGCUCGGAUGACGGCAGCUGGAGGAUAAGGACAAAUAAGGAGGUAGAAGAACUUUUUGAUGAACCGAACAUCCUAGGCGAGGUCAAAGCGCAUAGGCUGCGAUGGUUGGGCCACGUUCUGCGUAUGGGGGACGAUCGAGCUGUCAAGCGGGUUUACUUGGGGCGGCCUACAGGCCGCCGGCCCGUUGGCCGCCCCAAGUACCGUUGGGCGGACCAAGUAACCAACGAUUUAGUGGCACUGCGCAGAAGUGAUUGGUCAAACAUCGUUCCGUGCCGGGAUAAAUGGCGUCUUUUGUUGUUGGAGGCCAAGACCCACUUUGGGGUCACCGCGCCAGAUAAGUACCUAGUACACUGCCAAGGGUCCCUGAUAAGCAAGUUCAUAGUAGUUGGAGCGCCACACCCGAAUCUCUACUGGCAACACCCACCAGCCGCUUUUUGCCAACGAUCUCUGCAUUUCAUACAGUGGCCAUAUUUCCCCGAGAGAUGGCUCGCUGAGGGUGUCCAGGAAAAUAAUAAAUGGGCGAACUCUCGCGCAAGAGAUUGGAGCGGCGCGCUGAAUUAUGUUAGAGGGGCGGCCUGGUACCGCAUCCGUUCAGACCACAAGGUCCAAGCUCGCUGCCUGCUGAUCGGCUCCAAAGACAGCUCAGCGCAGCUCGUGGCCAGCGUGCAGUACUGCGGGAACGCGGCGCUGCGGCUGGUGGAUAGGACCGAGCCGGGGAAUGCACACUUGCAAGCGCUGAUACACGACUUUAUUGUUGGCAAAAAGAAGCCAACGGAGGAAAUCCAGCGUAGCAUAAUGGGUCGGGUGUUCGAAGCCGUCGCUGAUAAGGGCAGGGUUAUUACCUCGCGACUGGCUCUGCCGGCCAACGCGUGAUAGAUAUUAUUUAUUAUCUGUUCAGGUGUCAUCUAUAGUUUAUGUCACUUUUCGUAUUGUUUGUGGUACGAGGUGUAGACAAUAUGAGAUUUAGGUUUCUAAUUUAUGUUUAUUAGCUGGAACCCGUGGCAUGAGUGUAAUAGCUAAAGCCCACUUUAUACUGUGAGUAUAUGAAUAAACAUAAGUACCUACUUAUAAUUGUUUAAUGAUGCUCUAAUUAUAUACAAAAUGUUAACGAAACAGAAACAGAACAUAUUUAUUAUUAUUUUGUCAAAAAGUCAAUAUAAAAUUGUAGUAAAUUUGGAGAUAAAAGGCAAUUUAAAUUUGAAUAUUUUGUUAAAAUUGUAACUGUAAUAUCUUAAAAGUUAACUGCUGUAUUCCGCAUGUAUUUGUAGCACUAACUUCCGCCCACGGCUCUACCCGCUUAUUGGAAGGAAAUUCCCAUUGGCAUGCGAUGGUCAAUGUUUGGCAUGUGAUGCAUCGCACCAAAAGGUAGCAUAUAUCACUGUCUAGCCUCCUAACUAUUACCAGUAACAAAAAAACCGUACCAUAUAAUCGCUUUGUUAUGACGUGAAAGACAAACAAACAAACACACUUUCGCAAUUAUGAUGUUAGCAAGAGUUAUAUAAUAAGCACACUGAGAUUAAUCCACUGAUUGUGUAAAAAAUAAAUAUUUCAUAAGUACUAUAAAAUUUUUUAUUUUGUUAUGAUCGUUACGAUUUGUCGAUAAAUCGUAAUCGUAUCAAAUUUAAAUUAGGACCGAGUAAAACAUGUCUUCAUCAUGCAAUCUAAUGCAUCUGACAUCCUCACAGACAUGCGACUCGACUUUAUCUAUCAUCACUGCAAUUAAAAUUAAUUAUUAAUUUUCUUAAUCAUAACAUUUAUAUAGUUCAAUACUCAACCUCACUGAUAUGAGUUCAAAGUGAUAAAAAAAAUAUUUUUGCAUACGUGAUAAAGCUGUUGAAUGCAUGUUACUUCUUAUAUUGCAUGUAUGUGUAAACAAUGUCAUUUUAUAAACAUGAUGAUAAGGUUUUAUAAUUUGUAACUAUUUACAUAUUCGUUUUGUUUCUUUUGUUUCCACGUUAUUUUUAACGUGUUAAUUUAAGUUAUGAA